CGUUUCUUUGCUUCUGACGCUUUGUUCGUCACUAUUCCGUAUCAGUGCAGUGAGUGUUGAAAGAAGAUUACUCUAUCUGGUGACCUGAAAAUUCGUAGGAGAAUGCACACAGGACAAAAACUAUACGAAUGCAGUGAGUGUGGAAAGAAGUUUUCUCAAUCUUACAGUCUACAACUACAUGGGAGAAUACACACAGGAGAAAGACCGUAUGAAUGCAGUGAGUGUGGAAAGAAAUUUACAAAUUCUAGUGAUCUAAGAGUUCAUAUGAGAAUACACACAGGAGAAAGGCCAUACCAAUGCACUGAGUGUGGAAAGAAGUUUAGUCAAUCUGGUAGUCUACGCGUUCAUAUGAGAAUGCACACAGGAGAAAAACCAUAUGAAUGUAGUGAGUGUGGAAAGAAGUUUACUCAGGCUGGUGACCUGAGAGUUCAUAUGAGAAUGCACACAGGAGACAAGCCAUAUCAAUGCAGUGAGUGUGGAAAGAAGUAUGGUCAUUCUGGUGCUCUAAAAUUUCAUAUGAGAGUUCACGCGGGAGAAAGGCCAUGUGAAUGCAGUCAGUGUGGAAAGAAGUUUACUCGAUCUAGUGGUCUAAACGUUCACAUGAGAAUUCACUCUGGAGAAAAUCGAUACCAAUGCAGCGAGUGUGGACAGAAAUUUAGGCGAUCUGAUAGUUUGCAAUUUCAUAUGAGAAUACACAAAGGUGAAACGCCAUAUCAAUGCAGUGAGUGUGGCAAGAAGUUUAUUAGUUCUGGUACCUUGAAAGUUCAUAUGAGAAAGCACAAUGGAGAAAAACAAUAUGAAUGCAGUGAUUGUGGAAAGAAAUAUACUCGAUCAUUCGAUCUAAAAGUUCAUAUAAGAAAGCACACAGGAGAAAAGCCAUAUGAAUGUAGUGAGUGUGGAGAGAAAUUUUCUCGAUCAUUUGAUCUAAAAGUUCAUAUAAGAAAGCACACAGGAGAAAAGCCAUAUCAAUGCAAUGUGUGUGGAAUAAAUUUUACUUGUUCUAGUGAUCUAACGAUUCAUAUGAGAAUACACACAGGAGAAAAACCGUAUCAAUGCAGUGAUUGUGGAAAGAAGUUCACUCGUUCUGGUGGUCUAAAAGCUCAUAUGAGAAUACACACAGAAAGAAAGCCAUAUCAUAAAUCUCAUGGAACAGAAGAGAAAUACCAUCCUGAACAUUAUAAUGGAGAACUUUUUGAUUUGGCGGAAGUUACAAGACACCGAACAGUUGACUUUCAAGAAGACAUGAUUGCUCAAAAGGAUAGAGAUAUGAUAUCAUCAUUAAGCAAGUCUCAAUCCAACUCUAAUAGUACUCAUUUAUCUGCUCAAAUUUCUGCAAUGUUUAGUGAUAGAAGCUUAUUCACAUUUCUAUCCAUUCCUGCCAACGGUGUUUGCAGUUCAUCUGUUGUUUUCUCUAUGUUCCACCAUCCCAAUAUAGCUGUGACAUAUGGUGUGACUGUGUCUACGUGUAGUGACAUGUUGGUGAUGGAGAAAGUUGUAACGUCUUUGUCUAAUGUGCUUGAUGAUUCAGUCGUGAAUGAUGAGAUGAAUGUACACGAACGAGUUGAUAUUUCUUAUGGCAUUGUUUGUGCAGUCGACUAUUUACAUCAUCAAGUGGGAAUCAUUCACGGCUACAUAAGCCCUACCACUGUAUUUAUCACAUCUAGACUGACCGCCAAACUGUUAGAUCCAGCAGCAUCUUGUCUCAUGCAUGAUAAGAUAUGUCAACGUGUUGAGUCCUAUAAUGAUGAUCUGCAUCAACUAAUAUGUCUCCUCAUCAAAUUAUACGACUCAUAUCCACAAUUUUCAUCUGUUCGUCAUCGUUUAUGCGAAAUGAUCAGUCAUGAUGAGACUAAGAAGUCAAGGGAUAAAGUGGUAUCUACGACGAAGCUGCUUGCGUUAAUUGAUGAAUUAAAACACAAUGGUGAAUACAGUUGCAGCUCACGCAGACGUGAACUAUCGAUAGUUAAUUGAAAUUGAGUUCGUUAUCUGAUUAGAUAUGAAUUUUGACUGUUUGUGUUUGUGAAGUUGGAGUUUAAUUAAUUAGACAUUUGUUGAAGACAGUGUUUGCGUGUAAAGUACGAAAAGUAGCUGCCGGCUGUUGAUGAAAUAUAUUAUGUAUAUCAGAUUCCUUCU